AUAGACGUGUAAUCAUCAGGUCAACCCAAUCACUCCAUUUAUACCUCCUUCUACUUCCACAUACCACCACAAAAAUCAUCGUUUAUACCUCUUCUCCAAAUCCCAGAUAUCUAUCACAACAUUCACCAACAUGUCGAACAACAUGAGUGCCGGACAAGCCUAUGGCCAUGCUGAGGCUAAAGCCGAAAAUAUAGCCGGUGCAGCCAAGGACACCGCCAACAAAGCCCAGGACAAGGCUGCUGAUGCCGCCAAUGAGGCCGGCGGUCAGGCUCAGCUCCGCAAGGAAGAGGUCUCUAGCAUCCUCCAGCAGACCGGAGAGCAGGUGGCCAACAUGGCUCAAGGUGCUUAUGAUGGUGUCAAGAACACACUUGGCGUCGGUGAAACCCAGCAGAAGAAGUGAAGGGUCAAACUUAAUUUGUUUGACAUUGCUUCACAAUAAAUGUCUUUUAACAUAACCAAAAUGCGUUUCUUUUUGUUUUCUAGGGUUUGAAUAACAUGUAUAGAUUCAUAGUUUCAAUCAAAACAACAAUGUAUAUAUUACAAUAAAAGAAUGAAAUUUACAUUCAAAAUAAAAAACAAUGUGUCUAAGCCAUCAUCUUCUUAAACUCUUGGAAAUCAAGAAAACCAUCAGAGUUGGCAUCAUAUGCUUUGAUCAUACUUUUCACAUCCAUAUCGCCCUUGUCGUCCCAUAAUCCCAAGCUUGAUAACGCCUCCUGGAGCUCUUCAUCACAGAUGAGUCCAUCACGGUUCUUAUCAAACACCUCAAAAGCCUUGAAAAGAUCACUCUCUGGAUCUUUCUCGGUGUCCUUUCCUUCUAUUGUGAUUGUAUAGAAGUCCAAAAACUCGGGAAAACUAAGACCCAUUUUCCCAGUUAAGGAUUGUAGCUCGUCGACACUUGAAGAGAUUUUCAUGGUGUCAAGAAGCCAUUGGAGCUCGUUGGGGCUCACAAGGUCAUCUCCAUUUUGGUCUAAUUUCUUGAACAGACGGUAUAGAUCGUUGUAGCUAAGAGAAGACAUUGUAGAAAGGCAAAUAUAUAGAAGAGAUUAUAUAUGAUGAGAAUCACUUGUGAUAGAAAGAUAUAUA